ACAUUUACGUGCAUCGCCGCCACGCUAUUUAUAGAAACCAUACCGAUUAGAACGGUAGACGUAGAACUAAGAAUUGAAAUGGCUAUCAAACUCCCCUUGCUAUCCAUUCUCCUUCUGUUCCUAUCAUCUCCCCUAUUCCCGGCCGCCUCUGCCGGCCGCUGCAACUCCGACGACAAGAAGGCCCUGCUGGCGAUAAAGGCCGCCUUCAACAAUGCCUACCAUUUUGCAUCCUGGGUCCCCUCUGCUGCAUGCUGCGACUGGUACGACGUCGACUGCGACCCCUCAACCGGCCGCGUAACGGGCCUCUCCAUCUUUCAAGACGCCAACAUCACGGGAACCAUCCCCGCCGCCAUAGCAGACCUCCCCUACCUCACCAACCUCCUCCUCCACCACCUCCCGGGCCUCACGGGGCCCAUCCCCUCUGCCCUCUCCCGUCUCCACCGCAUCCAGCUCUUCCGCAUCUCCUUCACCAGCAUCUCCGGCCCGGUCCCUUCAUGGCUCUCAACUCUCCCCUCCCUCUCCAUCAUCGACCUCUCCUUCAACUCCCUCUCCGGCUCGAUCCCUCCCUCUCUCUCCCUCCUCCCCGGCCUACUGGCCCUGCACUUGGACCGCAACCACCUCUCCGGCUCGAUACCCGACUCGUUCGGCUCCUUCCCAAAGAGCUCUCCACCCCCCGACCUCUACCUCUCCCACAACAACCUCUCCGGGCCCAUCCCCGCCUCGCUGGGUGGACCCACCUGGGGCAUUGUGGACCUGUCGAGAAACCACCUCACCGGAGACGCGUCAUUCCUGUUAGGUUCGAAUAAGCCGAUCACCCAACUGGACCUGUCGCGGAACCGGCUCAGCUUCGACCUGAGCAAAGUGAGCUUUCCGGUGAACUUGACUUCGCUGGAUUUGAACCACAACGGGAUAACGGGUUCGAUUCCGGCACAGAUAAACCAGGUGACCGGCCUGGUCCUCUUCAAUGUGAGCUACAACCGCCUCUGCGGCGAGAUCCCGGCCGGGCUCGUGACGGCGCGGUUCAGCCAGUACGAGUACUUCCACAACAAGUGCCUCUGCGGGACCCCGCUCGCCGCGUGCAAGUGAAUAGAGCGUGCUAGGUACAAAUUAAUUUUAGCUGUCCUCAAAGGCUGUCCCUAUAUGCGUGAUAAUAAAGUACCGUACGCGUUAGAGCAGGCCAGCAGAUGUGGUUGUCGUGAUCAUCGUUUGCAAUAAUAAUUGAUCUUGUACCGUACACGGGAACGGAGUCAUCUCUCUGUAUUACAGUUGUAUAUAUAUACUAACGAAUACAGAGAUUAGGGAUA